AUGACAAGAGACACCUCUCGACACCACCACACAGCUUCUAUCCAAGUAGCACUCCGCAUUCGCCCAUUGACAAGCCAAGAUCGUGCCCAGCCACGCUUUGCAAGCUUGACUGAAGACGAUAUCCUUGAAGUCCAAGAUAACAGCGUGCACGUGAUUCCACAUAACAAGACAUUCCAUUUUGAUCAUGUAUUCCGACCCUCUUGCUCCCAAGCUGAGAUCUUCUCUACGGUUGGAGAUGCUCUUGUGAAUAAGUUUGUUGAUGGUUACAACGCCACCAUUCUUGCCUAUGGACAAACAUCUUCAGGAAAGACAUACACAAUGGGAACAGCAGCAUCACGUUUACAAGAAGACGGCAUUGUGCCACGAGCCGUAUCGAAGCUGUUUGGGUUGCUGCAUGGGGACAAUAGCAUCGGGCAAUCCAGCAUCAAAGUCUCCUUUAUCGAAAUCUACAAUGAGGAGGUGAUUGACUUACUCAGCCGAUAUCCACCCUCUGAGCGACCACCGAUCACUAUCCGUGAGGAUCCAAAAGGCCACAUUUAUUGGACUGGUGUACGUGAAAUGACUGUUCACAGUGCCUGUGAUGUCCUUGAUUUCCUUCAACAAGGCUCUCGUAACCGAGCAACGGGUGCCACCGAUAUGAAUGACAAGUCUUCACGCUCGCAUGCUAUCUUGACAUUGUCAUUGAAAAGAAGGUCCGAUCGUGGUGAUAACAAGGGCAUGAUGGUCACUUCAAAGUUCCACUUUGUUGAUUUGGCGGGAUCAGAACGACUCAAACGCACGGCAGCACAAGGCGAUCGCCGUAAAGAAGGCAUCAAUAUCAAUGCUGGAUUGCUCGCCUUGGGAAACGUGAUUUCAGUGCUUGGCAGUGAUAAGCAGCAACAACAUGUGCCCUAUCGUGAUUCCAAAUUGACACGGCUUUUGCAAGAUUCGUUGGGUGGUAAUGCGGCUACCCUUAUGAUUGCAUGUGUCAGCCCAGCCGAAUACAAUCUAUCUGAGACAGCCAAUACGCUACAAUAUGCAAGUCGUGCUCGCCAUAUUAAGAACAAGCUGCAACAAGUGGAAGAAUGGAUGACGACCGAUAAUAUCGAAUUACUACGCAACAUGGUUGCAUCCCUUUUGAAACAUCAGCAACCUAUUGGAGAUAAUACGACGGAGCCAACCUAUCAACAACAACGACUCAUGAUUGUCGACUUGCAACAUCAGCUGAAAACCCAAAAGCAUGAGAUGUCAGCCACACAUAAAAAAAACCGCCUUGUCGAACAAGAAUUGCAUCAGCUCAAACAACGAAACCAGCAGUCCCUUUGUACUAGCGACUUUUCGUAUCUUGUGGGACCCGUCAUUGAAGAAUAUGAAAAGUGCAUUUCAGCACUCGAGUCGCAGCUUGCUAUGGCACGAGCCGCUUUGAAUCAUGCCGAUAGAGAGAUUGAUGAACAGCAUAAGAAGGUUGAAAAAUACGAGAUCGUGAUGGAUGAGCAGGAGCGAUUGAUCCAAGAAUACGAGCGCAACAACAAGAACAGCAAACAACAGCAUGAUUUGGAGAAAGAAUUGGAUGCUCUUCGAUUAAAGAACCACGGCCUUCAAUUGGAUCUUUUUCAAAUGUCAAGGAAAUACCUAGAGCUGCAACGCCAUGAAGAAGAUGAUGAUGGUGAUUAUAAGCGAGCAUCUGUAUCCUCUACAUCGAGUCAUAGCAGCAGUGGAUCUACCGUGGUAGCAGCAGCAUCAGGAGGAGAAGGAGGAGGAGGUCAAUCGAAUGAAAAGUGGCAUGAGGAUCGAAAGGCGCUACACGACCAAAUACAACGAUUACGAUGCAACGUCCUUGCAUUGCAGACACAAGCAGAUGAGCGAGAUAAUGCUGCCGAAUCACGAAUACAGCGCAUGAACGAGAAGUUACAGGCCGUGAUCAAACAGAAGGAAGAAUUGCAAGCCAAAUUGUACGAGAAUCGAAAUGAGGAUGCAGAUGGAUUUUUCCAUAGCAGGCGAAGAGAUAUCGAUCUACCAGAAACGACCAGCCAAUACGUUGCUUUGCAUGAUCAAUACUCGGAUUUGACCGAUCGUAUGCAAUCAGCUGUGGAUAAACUCAGGGCAGUCGUACAAUCAUCACGAAAGAGCGCCGUGCUUAUGCGACAUAUGGCUGACUUUGAGCGACAACUCGAAAAGCACAAGUCCAAAGUGAUGGAUGCAACAUUGAAACUGGAGGUCGAAUUUGAUGAGUUUUUUCAGCAAAGAAACACCGACAAGAUCGUGCUUGUGCUUUGCCGUGCCAAACAUGGAUUACACGACCUCAGCCUAACAGCCGUCAAACUUGAGGAAAAAGUACAGCAAGCUGAAUUGGCAUUGACUGAUAGGGCAAUCAUCCCCACAACAACACCCGCCAUAUCAACCUAUACUAGCUUGUACUCAUAA